AUGGGAGUUUGUACUUCUUCAACUUCUAAAAAUAAUUAGAAACAAAAAUAAGAGGAAACAGUAACCAAAAUAAAUAAAUAAAUUUCAUUGAUAGCUGAGUAGAAGAAUGGUAUUAACUAAUUCCAAGAGAACCAAAGAACCAUUACACCAAGAAGGAGGCUGUCUCAGAAUUAAGCCGCAACUCCAGUGUAGCAGAAUUUGGUUAAAAAUGGUACAUAGGCGAUUAGAAGAGCCUCUCAUGCCACAACAAUGACAACAAAGACAUUGAUCAUUUAGUCUUCAUCAAUAUAAGAGUAAUAAAAAACGGGAUCAUUUUCAAAUCUUUCUUAUUAAAGAAGCAACAUUAGAAAAGGGAACAAAACUCUAUUGGUGUCAGCCUCUAAAAACUUUUCAAUCGUUUCAAGCAAAAAUCUAGACAAUUAAGGCAAAACGGUUAUGCAACACAAUGAAUCAGGCUAAUUGGUUUAAGUUGAAGUACUCAAGUUUGAGAGUAAAAAUCAUGAGUACUUAUAGAAAUUGGAAGAAAUUAAGUUGGUAAGGAUAUUAAUAACCUAGGAUAAUAUGCAUAUUGUAAAAAUUAUAGACACUCUUGUAGAUCAUCAUCAUAAAAAAACAUAUUAAAUAAUGUAUGAAUGUUGUGCUGGAGGGUCAUUGUCGAAACUACUGGAAUGUCGUAGGCUGAGUGAUAAUACAAUAGGGAUUAUACUAUAUUAAAUGAUAGAAGCUUUAGCUUAUGUACAUUCAUUAGGAUUAAGUCACGACGAAUUGACUAUUGAUAGCUUUUCAGUAUUUGAUGAUUCUUCUACUCCAUUUAUCAAGUUAUCUGAUAUUAGAAGCAUCUAUUAAUUGAUGUAUCCAAAAGAAGCUCAAUAAUAUGAGGAUCGACCUCCUUAAAAGCACUAAAAUCAUAAACAAAAAAAUAAACACCAUGAGGCUAGCCAGGUUGCAAUCAAGACCAGAGAUAAAUCUAAUGAUGUUUGGGCGUUAGCAGUCAUUAUUCUAUAAUUAAGAAAUAAAGAAUUACCUUAUGAAAUUUCUAAAAUUCAUUUAUUUAAUCCUGAAGAGUAUUUGAAUAAUCAUCCUUCAGAGAUGAAUUAACUUUUAAUUGAGAUGUUACGUAAUAAUCGUAAUGAUAGAAUUUCCUUAAAGAAAUGUUUAGAACACCCAUACCUCAUUAAGAUGAAACAAGUCUAGCCAUAAGAUUUGUUGCAACCUCUAAAAAAUAUGGUAAAGUGCAAGAAUAUGACAUAUGUCCAUAAAUGUUUAUUUUCUUAUUUUCUUCACAAUUAUGCUCAUGAUCAUUUAAAAGUCUUGACUAAGAUAUUUAUAACAGCUGACACAAAUCAAGAUGGAAGUUUGAGUUUAGAAGAAUUGAAGGAACUAUUUUCAAUUGAGGGAAAGGAUCUAAUUGAACAACUGGAUCUAUAACAAGAAUUGACUUUAGAUGAGUUCUUACUUUUGGCUUCCAAUAAAGAAAUUAUUCUAACAGAAGAUAAUAUCGAAUCCAGUUUUAAAUUAUUAUCUAGACAAUCAAAUCUAGUCACUUAAAAAUCUAUAUGCAAAUUUGUAAACAAUUGUAAUGAGCAAUUGAUUCAAUAAGAUUUUAAUACAUUCAAUCUUCAUGAUGUUUUAGAUCUUAAAGAGUAUAGAGAGUUCUUAAUUAAUUAUGAAACUCCCAUCCCCAUAGUUUGA